UAUUAAAUUAUCAAGGUGGACUCCUUUCUUUGACCAACCUUUCUGUUACGAACGACAGACCUCUCGCAUUUGAUUUAUUUCCCUGAAGAAGAAGAGGACGAUGGUCUCGGAGGUUAUGGAGUUAUUGAAGGAGCACCUUCCGGUGACUCAAGAGCCUUUCGUUUUGUCCGGUGACGUCAACACCGGCCUGGUUCUCGUCGAUGUCGUCAAUGGCUUCUGUACCGUCGGCGCUGGAAAUUUGGCUCCAAAACAGCACGACAAGCAAAUUUCUCAAAUGGUGGAGGAAUCGACGAGACUCGCCAGAGUUUUCUGCGAGAAAAAAUGGCCUAUAUUCGCCUUUCUUGAUUCUCAUCAUCCGGAUGUUCCAGAGGAUCCCUAUCCUCCUCAUUGCAUUGCGGGAACAGACGAAUCCAAAUUAGUUCCAGCCUUGCAAUGGUUAGAAAAUGAGGCGAAUGUGACGCUGAGAUGCAAAGAUUGCAUCGAUGGAUUGCUAGGUAGUUUGGAAAAAGAUGGCUCUAACGUUUUCAUCGAUUGGGUGAAAAAAAAUCAGAUCAAAGUCAUCUUAGUUCUGGGAAUUUGCACGGACAUCUGCGUGCUGGAUUUUGUAUGUUCAACAUUAUCGACAAGAAAUCGCGGUUUCCUUUCACCAUUGGAGGAUGUGAUUGUAUAUUCUGGUGGUUGCGCCACUUUUGAUCUUCCAGUUUCUCUGGCCAAAACUUUAGGAGAUGCAAUUGCCCAUCCACAGGAGCUGAUGCACCACAUAGGCCUAUACAUGGCAAGAGGGAGAGGAGCCAAGGUGGUAUCGGAGGUUUCAAUUAAACCAAUCUGAGGAAGCCACAUAGUAAAGCAGUGGCAACCAAUUUGUUGUCUGCCUUUAUUUUUAAUAAAAUAAGCUUUGCUUUAUAGAAACAUGAAGACAUCUUGUGUAUGGAAGCCCAUUUAAUCUCACCAUGCCUGAAAAUAUUUUUACUCCUUAUACAUGAAAAUAACGGUGGAUUUUAUUUAAAAA